AUGUCCACACAGUCACAUUACACACCUCAAGGAGUUCCCGCAGACGGCCAAUCAAUAGAGCACCUCGUCGCUCAGGAAAGAAAAACCAUCACAGAAUUGCUCAUUCCUGAAGCACCGUCGGCAAGCGCCACAAAUGGUCUCACCAAUGCUGACCAUCUGAAUCCCCCAGAUCUUGAUGUUCUCGCUUCAGCUCUGGGUGCUCCUGCCCGGCAAGUCCUCAGGCGUGCACAAGAAUUGGGCCCUCUGACCGGAUGGAGGGACGGUUACCUAACAAGCACGCACGGUUUCUGCCCUCCAGACCCCUCGGCGGCACCUGCUGCACUCUCAAUGUCACCUGGAAGAAUAUGGUCUGAUCUCUGCGAGAGAAUGCCGGCAGUGGUAGCGCGGGGCAAAAUGCGCGAAUCCAUCCUGGCCCUACCUCUCGUCUAUGGCACAGAAGACGUCAUACCGGAUCAAGCCCUCUGGGCUGCAGUGGUUUGCCUGGGUAUACUUGCCAGCGUUUACCGGUAUGAAGAACGCAACGAUGGCCACGAGGGAAUCAGCAUAACUGCGCCGCCGGGAACCUUUCGGAACUUGUCGGGAGAAGCAGAUGACGAAGAAGAGGAGACGAAAGGGAUUCCUAGGAAUAUUGCUAUCCCUCUUCGCCAGAUAUGUACAAGGAUGGGGAGAGUUUUACCCCAUUUGACCCAGUAUGAUGUCUCCGUAUACAACUACAAGCUUCGAGAUCCCACCAGCAUCAACCCAUAUGUCGCAAGAUGCGAAAAUAUGGACCUACGGUGGCCCGUCUUCAACGAUCGCGGUGAGGCAAUGUUCCUCCUGUGCAUGGCCGAGACGCACGGAUGCUUCACUCAAGGAGUCGAGGUGAUUACAAGAUGUCAAGAGCGAGUCAUGGUGAAGGAUAAAGAAGGCCUGCUUCGAGAGCUAAUCAAAUUGAAAACGAUAGUGGACAGGUUCGUCCACGUCUUCCAGAAGAUCAGCGUCAAUCCAAACUCGGGCGAAAAUUUUGCGAAUCCAGUCGAGUGGGGUCAGAGAUAUGCAAAAUUCAGCGCUCCUCUUUCUAAACGUGUUCCUGCAUUGUCCGGACUUGCUUUGCCAGUAUUCCUAUUGAUGGAUGCGUUUAUUGGGAGAAGAAAGUACGACAGCUUCCUCGGGAGAGAAGCCCUCCAUCUUAGAGCUUGGCUGCCAAUGAACAUUCGAGCAUUCAUUGCCGCUAUCGAGUAUCAUUAUCAGAUCCCCGCCUUCGUGAAAGAGUCUGGCGACCCACGCCUGAUGGGUGUGAUGGAGGGCAUUCUUGAGGCGUAUCUGUCGGAGCGCGGCUGGUUCGGAACACACCGCUAUAAAGUCUAUGGCUUCCUGGAAGUCGUCGCCAAAACUGGUCGGAGUGAGACGAACGGGAAUGCUGGGUCAUCCGACAACAUAGGAAGGCCAUGGGAAGAGGUGCACAAAACUCUUUCUGAAUCAAUGAGAGAACGUUUAGAACCGUUCCGAGGUAAAGUCACCCUGCAACCCCACGAGCUGCGAGGGUCGUUCGAAGAAUGCAGAUUCAAAGCAAGAAUUCUAUCCCGUUCCUUCGUGGAUACGGAUCAUCUGCGGUCCACGGCCAUGGUAACUUUCGGUCUCGAAGGCACUGGCAUUACCUUCCAACCCGGAGACCGACUUGCCAUUAUGCCAGUCAAUAGCUGGGCGGAAGUAGGGAAGAUCACUGCCGCUCUAGGUCUGGACGAGCUCCUCCACAAAUCAGUCCCAGUUUCACAAAGUCCAGACUGGAAUCGCUUUGCUCGGCAUCUGAAAUCCGUUAAUCGAAUUGACGGCGAACCCUCUCUAACGGUGCAAGACAUUCUACGACGAGGACACUUGGCGCCUUUGACAAAGGAGACGGUUAUGGCCUUCCACAUGGCACUUCGAGCCUCAUCAUCAAGCGUGCUAAAAGUUCUGGGAUCCGAGAUGUGGCCAGUCGAGGGCUCCAUAGGAGACUUACUUCAACUCGCCAUCGCAGAAGUUUCCUCGACGAUAUGGGACCGAGCAUUUAAUCUGUCCGAUCUUUCGUGGCUUCCGAAAUUAAUCCCCGUUGAGGUACCGCGAACUUACAGCAUCUCUAAUUACUCAAAUGAACUGCUUCCGAGCACUGUUGACCUGACUGUUGCCCGCACUGAGUCCCAGUUGGCAUCUAUACUGCAGUCCACCAAUCCCUACAACCGGCGCCAUGGAGUUAGCAGUGGAUGCCUUAACCCGGACCCUUCUUCCUCCGGAGAGAUGUUCGAUGACGAAGAAUACCUUAUUGGAAUCUCUAGACCCAUCAAUUUCCAGCUCCCUGUUACCAUGACUGGCCCUAUCGCAAUGUUUGCAGGAGGCUCGGGAAUUGCACCUUUCAGAGGCUUCUGGCAAGCAAGAGCUCAAACCAGUGUUGGAAGGAACAUCCUCUUCCUUGGGGUACAGUCGCGGGAGCGAUUCUCUUACGAGCAUGAACUUCGAGAAUAUGUACAAAACGGCCAGAUCGAACUUCACACUGCGUUCUCGAGGGACAGAAAUGGUCUUAUCUACGAUCCAGUGUCUCGAGAUCUUGUCGAGAAGCAGAUGAGUCCUCGGUAUCUCGACGCGACAAUAAUAGAACAGGGGCGAACGGUCUGCGAUCUUGUCAUCUCAAAGAGUCAAGGUGGGCUUGGAGGCCAUCUGUAUAUCUGUGGCUCCGUGUCGAUGUACGAAACGAUCAUAUCGGGAAUUCGCCAGGCCAUCUACCAAAACUGGGCGUCAACCAAAGAGUCGGCCGACAGCUUGCUGGUCAAAGCAUUUGCCGAAAGACGCUUCAUGCUGGACAUUUUCAUGACGCCGCGUCCAAUCAGUUAUGCCACUCCACGUAUUCCUCUGUCCAGAUUGGCACUGAAUACUGGCCACCGUAAAGGGUCUAGGAUGUACAUUGGUGUCCAUGGUGGUGUUUACGAUGUCACUGACUUCCUUCCAAUUCAUCCCGGAGGCACCUUGAUUGCUCAAGCAAGUGCUGGACUGGAUGCCUCAAAGACCUUUGACGACGUGGCUCACACCACAAAUCCAGAGGUCAUGAGUCUGCUAUCAAAAUACUUCGUCGGUCACCUUGCAGCGAAACCGGACUUCCGGUCGAUCGAAAUCAGCGGCAUCUACGAUCUCUGGUAUCAAUACCUACGCAGUUGCGUGGAAGCUCUUACCACGUUACACUUCGAGGUGGACUACAUCCAGCAGGAUGCGCGGACUUGGUUUCAAGGCGACCUCUUCAAUAUGGGUGGUGUGAGGAAAUUCUAUCAGUUUCAGUCAAGGCUGAUGCAGAAUGGAUUUUCAACCUUGUUUGGGGCCAAGCUUCAGGAGCUGCAUCUUAAGCUCACAUUCGCGCUGGUCAAUUCUGGGGCAUCAGAAACCCGAGUGCCGGAUGUCAUUGGUGUCAUCACCAGAGCGCAAGCCUCUGCUGCCGCUGCUACCGCCGCCAACGAAAUCGCGCAGAUCGGCUCAUUUGUCUGCAAUAACCACCAGGCCCAGCUCCAAGAGAACGGGAUCUUACAGUACGCCCGUGCAGUGACUGAGUUGGACGUCCACUUUCUGGAAGAAAUCCGUGAAGAUGUUUGCAUGGGUAUGGACGCCUUCGAUGUCAUCGAGUGCAUCGAGUCUGGUACCGACAAACACAGACUGGUCAGUCUUAGCACAUAUCUGCUCUCGGUCCUGGAGCGUGUUGCUGAACGUCUCGGCACCUUUUACUCGAGGCUCUCCAGAGAAUCCAUCUAUCGCCCGGAAAUGGAGAAGAACCCCGCAAGGACGCGAUGGAAUGUGCUGAAAAGGAAGAUACAUGAUGGAUCGUUUUUCAUCCUUGCUCAAGCUUCAGCAUUCAGCAACACCAACCAUGCGGCAAAACCAUUCCGCUCAACACGGUAUGCGGAUCAGGAUAUCGUAUUUGGUCAAGUUGUCUCUCAAGCCAAGCAGGCAAUUGACGCCGACAGGCCACGUGUGGGAAGGGGGUCAGGACGGGAAGCCAAAACAGCCUCCACUCGUCCCGCACGUCUGGCCGAUUCGCAUACUGCCAGGGCCGCCCAUGGCGUUGACACCCCAUCGUCUUACGAGAUACAUGAGUCACGCAAUGCUCUUCAAUCGAUCUCUUCCUUUAUGGACUCGAACAUGCAGUCUAUCAAGCGCUUGAGUCAAUUACCUUCAGACCUGAGUUUUGCAAACAUCGUGGCCGCUUAUGGCACCGGUGGUAGAAAGAUACCAUCAGUGCCGUCCUUGAAGGAAACGGAUGAAGGGUCUCCAGGGCCAGCAGAACAUCGACGUGGAGAUUCACAGUCGUCCUAUAUCAGCAACUGGCCUCUUGCUGUGCCUACGAGGUCUGGAUCAAGAAGUUUGAACAAUUCCCAAGCAGGCGACAAACCGCGAUUGGUGAGAAGGCCGACAAACGGGUCCAUUUCCAGUGUUAGCGGACUCCCACACAAUCCGGCGCCCAGUGCCCAAAGCCAUGCAUCAUUCAUAGGGAAGCCAGUCCUCCGAGCACCGGACGCUACCCCGAAUGCUGCAAAGCCUUUCCCCAGGCCGUUGCCGCCAAACUUGACAACUCGAAGUCGGUCUCAAUCUAGGAGCAGAAGCGAUUCCGAGAAUGGUUCGAGUUAUGAUCGAUCAACGGACACUUCUACCAGGACCAUGGAAGCGCCUGUUGCAACCCUGCAUUCACAGCUCAUGCGACGCCAGGUAUCUAGCACUUCAGUCCAGAACAAGAGUGUGGCCGAAGUUGAGUCCACAGCUAGCAGUUCCCAGGCUCAACAUCCGUUGUGGCAAACCUCUGAAACAAAUCCUAUGCCAGCUAUUCACAAAGGAGCUCCACACAUGAGGAACGAAAUACUCCUCAAGCAGAUGCAACAGCAGAAUGAUAUCAUCAUGAAAGCUCAAGAAAAGGGCACGCUUGCCGUCCGAGGCGUGAGCCCCACUUCCAGUGGUCUGCGAAUCCUGAAAUUGGCCUCAGCACCAGAAAUGAUAACAAGGCAAGCAAGAAGAGAGGGAUCUGGCAUUCCUGAUCUAUCUCCAGGAGAUACAAUGGGCAACUUCAGAGCGCCACCCCAGCUGCUCAACGUACGAUAAGAAGCCUGGUAGUGGAAAGACAUCGGGAUACAAAACAAGAAUAGAUCUGGG